ACGAUAGGAUAGAUAGAUGAAAUGCACAGUUUACCGGGGAGUGCUCGGUUUAAGAGUACCACUACAGGACGAGCUGAUUCCACACAGAAGCCCUCUCAGACCGGGGAGGAAAUAUCCGGAAGGAAAGAGGAAAUAGCAAAGAAGGAAAGUCAGCAAAAACGUCUCUACUUUUACCAGAGCGAGCUUCAAAACAUGGCCCGAGAGUUACCGGGUAAAUAUCAACAAAGACUCCCAUAUGAUCUGCUGUCUGGUCUGGCCAGCUCCUUGCUGGAUGGUACGGUGUUUGAAAUCGUCCGCAGUCUACAGGAAGUUCAGCAGUUAGAGGAGAGACAUCUUCACACACAGCGAGUCAAACUCAUCAAUGAUCACAAAGCACAAAGACAUGAACUGCAAAAGAGGCACAAAGAAUUACUACAGAGUUGUCAGAUGAAGCCCCACAAUUUACCAAUAGUAGAGACUCAGAUUGAGAGAGAAAAGGAGACAAUGGAGAAGAGAUGUGAAGAAGAGGUUAAAAAGAAGGACAUGAAGAUAAUCAUGGAACUGGAUCAGAAGGUAAUGGAUCAGCAGGUCAUGUUAGAGAAGGCAGGUGUGCCAGGAUUCUACGUCACCAACAAGAGUAUUGAUGUCAGACUACAGAUGUAUCUGCUGGAGUUUAUCACCAGAAUGGGACACAUGCAGCCACCUUGAAGCAGGUGGUUGUUGUUUUGUUUAA